AUGGCGGUCGUGGCGAUGGCACAGCCGUUAUGAAAGUGCACAUAGCUCCCCCUCCCCCUCAUUUGUCUUGCAUGAACAGCAAUACAAGUCAAGCGUCUGCAAGAAUACAGGUUUUGCAUGACAAAUUAGUAAAUUUGGACAGGAGUGUAGUGCUAUUUGGGCUUCCAAAGCUUGUCAUGCAUAAUAGUGACAGGAGGGAAAGCGUGGAGUUGGUAUUUUGCAUGAGAAAUGAGGUGGAACGGGAGUUGUGCACUCUCAUAGCCGUCUAUCCAAGAAAAAAACUGUGUUAGUGUAGGUCUUUUGGGAAAACAGCAUCACAAGUUCGUCUGCCAUGACAGGAAAAACUUGUCAUGCGCAGAUAGGACGGGAAAACACGUAGGAAGCGAGCCUAUCAUGCAUGUAGAGCAUGACAAGCGUAACUGUUUUGCAUUUUCUGCAUCACAGACUUACACUUACACAGUUUUUUUCUUGCAUACCGUCGCGCUGUGUUGUGGCGACGAGGACCACGACCUCGUAUCAAAUGCAAAUAUGUCUGGGUCUGGAAGGUUGCAACUUGUGAUGCUGUCCUUGGAUUCUAAAAAAGUUUGUAUUGCAUGACCAGCAAGAGGGGCUCAGUUUGUGCUACGCAGGAAGGGCAUUUCUCAUGCGGAAUACGCAUCAGAAAGCUCUCUGCAAAUCUGUGAUGCUAGGCCACGCAUUACAGGAAUCAUGGGUCAUGCAAAAUGUGCAUGAGCAUGAGAUGACAACCCUAGCAUCUCUCCAGACCCAAACAUAUUUGCAAUUGAUACCUAGGCCGUAAGUACAACACUCUUCCUGGCGAGUGCUGUGGCAGUGGUGCAGAUUGUACGCAGCGGAAAUAACUGUAGUUCUUUCCUCGGCAGUAGUACUAGCGUGGUCACCUGCAUCAACGCGUGCUCCUCCUGGUUGCAAACUAGCACAGUGUCACCAGACUCUCGGCAGAGCAUAUCCAAGAAAAAAACUGUGUUAGUGUAAGUCUUUUGGGAAAACAGCAUCACAAGUUUGUCUGCCAUGACAGGACAAACUUGUUAUGCGCAGAUACAAAGGGAAAACACAUAGUAAGCGAGCCGGUCAUGCAUGUGGCGGUUUCGCUCUACCAUACGUUUCGGUGUGAUUUGCAUACAAAAUACAAUGCAUUUUCUUCCGCUCUCUCAUUGGGAAAUCCGCGAACUCCGGCGCAUCGAAACGGGCUGGCGAUUGCACGACGUCGACACCGACCCCGGCUAUGAAUACAAAAAAAGCAUACAAAAUCGUAUGUAUUGAUACAAUUUGCAAUAUAUACGGGGAAGCGCAUCGAAACUACCGCGAAACGCUUUCCCGCCCAUACUAGAUAGCGCAUCGAAACUGCUCAGAUGCGCUGCUUCCAUGUACUUCGCAGAAGCUUUUGCUUCAGAUAAGUCGAGAGGAAAAACGAGCAUGUCGAGGGAAAAGCGAACGAGCAAGGAAGUCGGUCCGCCUAGGCUUGUACCUUAGCACCCUGCCCCGCAGGGCUAGAACCACCCCCCCCCCCGUGGCUGCAUGUGAUUUCGCCUGGCCAUUGCGAUUUUUCCACAGUGUCCCCGAGAAGAUUGCCGCGACACUUAGCGAAGCGCCCCCGCUUUGUUUGAAACACAUAGCGACUAUAAGCAGCGGCCCUGCCUCCCAAGGUCGUUGUAGGUUGGUAAUCAGUGAACCGAGAAACGAAAAAAGCCUUUGCGCUUUAAAAGCAAAAACUAUGAACGCCAGCGAGGCAGCGCGUGGCGACCCCCAAUGUCGCGCAUACUAUGCGCGGAACAAGAGACGCGCCGCUCCGUAUCGCGACCUAGCAGAUCUUCUUCUAGGUUCGCUCUACCAAUACAUAUUUCACACCGAAACUACGGUAGUAGCGAAACGACGUCAUGCAUCUCGAGCAUGACAAGUGUAACUGUUUGGCAUUUUCUGCAUCACAGAUUUACACUUACACAGUUUUUUUCUUGCAGAAGUUCCACUUAGUCCUCCGAGCAACAAUGUACGAAACAAAAAGAACAACCAGCGAGUAUCCUGAGUAAAAACGUACCCACACCAGAGUUGUCAUGCAAAUCUGCAUGCUUAAAAUGUUUGUCAUGCGGAGCCCCAUGAGAAGCAUUUUCUAAGGGUGUUUUGAAAUUUGUCAUGCUCCAAUCAGCAUGAGAGACUAGAUCUGUAAUGCUGCUGAACUAGCUCAAACAGCACUACACUACGCGUCCAAAUUUGUCAUGCGAAACAAGCAAAGUUGGCCGAUUUGUCUAGCAGAUUUUCCAUCUUGACUCUGGUGUGGGUACGUUUUUACUCAGGAUAGCGAGAUGGCAAAAAAUAUCAGCGAGUCGACAAGGCCUGGUCUGCUGCAAACCUGGAAUCCGUUACGGCAAGCGGAGGAGUGGUAA